CACUAAUGAUUGAAUUGCGUCGCAGAAAGAAAGAGAGGGGAGGGGCUUACGAUUGAAAAAGGGACAGCCGAAAGAGAAUCCAUUUAUAAUGAGGGAGCAAUCUGAGAACAAGAGCAAGAGUGCCAAGCCUAAAACAGGCACAAAGGAGAAGAAGAAAAGUGAGUUUGAGUUCUGCAAGGUUUGCAAAAUAAAUCAUGACCAAGGUCUUCGCCACAAGUAUUUCCCUAAGCACAAACAAUCCCUUUCCACCUUCCUCUCUCGCUUCAAAAACAAACUCUCCGAUGUUCGCUUCUUCCUCAAAACACCUUCUCCUCUUACUCCUCAACUUGCUUCCGGCAAUCGCUUCUGGUGUGUUUUCUGUGACCAAGAUAUCAAUGAGCACUCCAGUUCUUUUGCCUGUGAAAAUGCGAUUCGUCACCUAGCAAGUGUAGAACAUGUGAAUAAUUUGAAGCACUUCUUUUGGAAAUAUGGUGGCACAGUGGAUCAGCUGGAUGUGUUUACAGUUUCUCAUAAUGACGUUGCAAAGUGGGACAAGAGGUGCGCAAACCUUAAAAAAGAAGCUUCAUUGCAAAGUGAGGAAAGUCCUGGAGCAGUUUUUGGACCUUCAAGUGAUAUCCAUAAUCAAUCGAACAAUGAAAAUAUUGAUAGUUUUAAAAAUAAUAUUUAUUCCAAUUCUGUGAACUCGAAUGUUGUUUUGCCUUUACACUGCUACACAAAUGAGUAUCAGGUAUCCUCUUCAGGUCACUCUGGAGUUGGAAAUACCGGCCUUUUAGAUAUUGGUAAAUCUUCUUUACCUUCGGAAGCAUGCUCCAGUGCGAAUACCCUUGCUUUGCAGGAUUUUGCAGCUGAACGGAGAAGUCACAAACUCCCUUAUAAUAGUGGACAAUGGUCAAGUGAUGGAUACUCAUGUAAUAAAGCGCAGGUUCUUGAUAAUGGUAAAGUGGUCAGCGGAGAGAGUGGUCCGCAAGGUAUACAAAUGCUCACUCGGAUUUCUUUUGUGCCUGCUGAAAAUGGUGGUGGAAAUGUUCAUUCUGGAGCACCUCCGCCUUGGUUUGAAACAACUGAGGGAGUUCAGAUGCAUCCGAAGCCUGUUUUAGGAGACCUUGUCUCCCAUUCAAACAAGUCAGGGAAGCACAAAAAGUUGAGUCCUAAACGCGUUGGAGCUGCUUGGGCAGAAAAGAGAAAGAUUGAAAUGGAGAUGGAAAAGAGGGGAGAGACUGUGAGGAACGAAUGUGAUGCCAGCUGGCUUCCUAAUUUUGGUAGAGUCUGGCAAUCUGGCAGCAGAAGAGAAUCCAGAAAAGAAUUUGAAAAGGAGAAACAAGAGUUGUCAAAUGUUGAAGCUCAACCUGAGAUGCCAAUCAAGAUACAACCUUAUGUUAGCAAAAGAAUGGUGCGUUUUACAUUCUAAAUAUUAUGGGUUUGAUUUGUUUCAAAACUGUCUGUCAAAACCAGUCUGCUUUGUGCCUGACCGAGCCCAAGCUUGGCAUGUUUGGUAUAUGGGUUGCAAAAUGGGCAGAGUCAGGGGCGGUUGGUUUCAUAUCAA